UUGUGAUAAUAUUACGAUAUAGUUUUUUUUUGAUUAAAUGGUCGUGUUUUCAUAUUGUGACAAAUUGCAAUUGUAUUGGAUUUUCAACAUGUGGAAAGCACUAUAAAAUACACYAUUAAGUAUCAACUACUUCAAGUAGUAGUCAACAUUUAUUGAUGYGUGUGUCUAYUCAUUGAAUACAGCAAAGUCAAGAACAACAAACAAAUUCCUCAAUACAAUAAAAUGCCUAGCAAAAAGAGGAAGUACAACGCUAGAUUUCCAGCCGGAAGGAUCAAAAAAAUUAUGAGAAUUGAUGAUGAAAUUGGUAAAGUUGCAUUACCAGUUCCAGUUAUGAUUUCUCGGGCAUUGGAACUGUUUGUUUCAUCUCUUUUAGUGAAAGCUGGUGAUGUCACAAUACAAAAAAGUGCAAGGACUCUUACUCUAGCCCAUUUAAAACAAUGUAUUCAUUCUGAUAGCCGUCUUGAUUUUCUUAAAGAAUUGGUGAAAAGUACUCCUGACCAUUCUGAAGAAUGUAAUGAUAUUGCAGAUCCAGCUGUCUUACAAAAUAAUCAAGUCAGCAAUAAUGAUAGUGAUGAAGAAACAUCAUCAAAAACGAUCGUAUGGCACUUGUUACACGGGUGUGUAUGUCGGUUGACCACUGCUGAGUACAGGUGGCUGAUCGCGUUUCCUACGGAAUUUGGUACGUUGCCGUCCGACACGAUAGCACACUUGAGCGCGUUGCGUUUGCUGUUAUCCAUGCGCCGCCAUCGUAGGCAGCUACAGCCGGAUGCGGACUCGAACUAUUGUCCCACCGUAGAGCGCGUAUGUUUAGAGACACUGUUCAGCAAGACAUGGUUUGACCGACUGCUGGCCAUGUUCGCAUCAGGUGACAACUACGUUAGAUAUGUGGCCACGUGCGUGGCCACCGAAGCAGCACUGGGAUGUGUCGGCUCUACUGGUCAUUUUCUGGUACACUUGAUCGAUGGGCUGUUGCUAACGAUUACCACGACGAUAGGAUGUUCGUGUACCGCUGCUGUCAACGUUUUAACGCGCGUACUAGAUUUCAGUGGCAACAACCGCCAGUUCUUAACUGUGGGAACUUUCUGUUGUCGCAAUGGUGAUGAGGUAGGCCGUUUAACCGCUGUUACGAAUAACUCUGACAUUAAGACGCUAUUGUUGGACCGAUUGAAUGCUCGAUGGUUGGACGUCGUUAACGCCACAGUGCACAAAAACAGAACAACGAUGGUCACCGACCACAACAAUCUGGUUGAUAUCGUCGGGCUAUGGACCGCUGUGUUUCGUGCAUUCCGGUAYGCCAGCUCGGCAUUUCGGAACCACGAUCAGUUCUAUUCGGAACUGCCUCGUCUGGAGUGGCUGUUGUACCAGACGGACACACAACCACUGAUGUGGCUGAACACAGUCCGGCUGUUCAGUGCCAGUCUUCAGAGGUGCGUAGAUCAGCAGGUGGAUGACAGGAGGACGGCUAAAAGAAAGACCGUGGCCGGGCGUGCGCUGAUUGGCUUCRCCCGUAGGCGUCUGUUGUACUUCAUGGGAAAAAUGGCGAGCAGUUUUCAUUUGGAAACUAACCGUACGAGGGUUUUGUUGCAGGAGACGGUCCUCCUGGCUAUGCGGUCAUUGCAUGCAUUCGUCUGUGGUAACAAUCAACUUCCCGAUUUCGACAGUGGUAGAGACGCAGCUGCAGCUACGAGGAUUAGAGACGUGGUCGACUGUUUGGACUCGUAUGUCAAAGCCAGCACGCUUUACGACACUGAUGUUGGGUUCUGCCGAUGGACAGUCCGCUUGAUGUGUGAUCGGGACGACGCAACCAUCGAAUGUCUGACAUGUGCGCUGGACCUCACGGAUACUGUGUCCUCUGCCUGGCCCUUACUUGACCCGUUCGCCGGCUUCUCUGAGCUGCUAGAGUGUGUAUCGUACGAACCGGAUGUGCUAUUGGACUACCUCAUUUCCGAUGAGAGUAACUUCCUGCAGUAUGUUCUUCGAGUGCUGAAGACUAUCUGCCGAGAUUCCCGGUGUUUUUUCGAAAGCUGUGGCUCUGGUUUGGACAAWACUAUGGGGCUGCUGAUCAGACUCCGAUUGAAGAUGCUACGGCUGCACGAGAAUCACGUUUUCCCAUAUAACGUCGAGCCCAUCGCCAAAUUGAUACAGCGCUGCGAUGAAUUAUACACUGAAAUGGUCUUGUGACGAAUAAUAUUACAAUACGUAUUAUGGUAUUUAAUAUAUUUACGGUAUGUUGUGUGGUCUGAAGGUGUGAAUCGAUUUCACGGCUAAUUCAUACUAUUGACUUUUGAAAUGUGUGUAAUUUAAAUCUUAAGGCUGUUUCGUUAAUUAUUU